AUGAACUGAAGGAGAAACAACCACAUUCAAUAUAACAUAGUUUAGAAUUUUGGUUAUUGUAACAACAGGUAACCUUUUAAAUCGCUAGAAUUUGCCGAAAGGAAUCUCAAGUAAAGGGCGGGAUCGCAGGUCUAUGAUAAGUUGGCAACAAGGAGGCAGCAUGUUACAAAAUAAAUUAGAGGCAAGAAGUUUCUUACCAAAGGACAACAAUUGCUCCCUCCUUGUCGACAGCGGUGGAAGACCAGCGAUAUCACACACCUCAACAUAUCUACGCGCACUUCUGAUUUCUUUCAAUGGCACAGGACUUUUUCUCAGUAAAGAUAACAAUGCCACACAGGACAUGCAUAUUAUAAUAACGGUCUUAUAUAGACCCAUAAACACUAAUAAGAUCAUUAACAGGAACAUUAGCUCUUUUAAGAAUGCAUAAUGUAAACAAUUUCUUAGAAGCUCAGCUACGAUAUCGUCAGCAUGAAUAUUCCAUCUUAAAUCAUUACUAAUAGUUACGCCCAACAAUUUAAAAUGGCCAACCUCUUUAAGCUCAACGCCAUUAAUAGAGAAACGGGGAGGUGGAACAUCUCUAUGAAGAAAACUAAUUUGCAUAGAGCAACAUUUAGUUGGCUUAGGUAACAUAUUAUUAUUGUUACUCCAUUGAUUAAACUCAUCAAGUGAGGCCUGCAUAUUAGAGUUAUUACCGAUUUUAAUCGUAUCACUUAAAGUUAAAUCGUCAACGUAUUUCGACUGUCUGCAGCUCUCAAAACACGCAUCAUUAAUUAGAAUAAGAAACAGGAUAGGACCCAAUUAGGUUCCCCGUGGGACGCCACACGUAAUUUGAGCCGUAGUUGAGAAUUCAUUUUCAUGUUUAGUGUUUAUGGUGUGAUUUGUGAUAAAGCUGCAGACGGUGAAAAUAAUAGACCGUCUAACGCCUAUAUUAUUCAUUUUACUAAUAUGAGAUUAUUAUCAACCUGAUCAAAUGCUUUUGCAAAGUCAAUGGUGCAAAGAUUAACAUACUUAUUACCAACCCCCACCCCCCUUAAUGUUUUUAAAAUCGUAUCAAUCAAGCUAACUAAAUAGUGGGUAGUCGAAGCCCCUUUUCUGCUUCAAAAUUGGUUAGAGUCCAACUUGCUGCUGAUAUCCUGAACAAUCCAAUUUACCAAAAAUGUUUCAAAAACUCUAGCGAAAAUGGGAGUCAAAGAAAUAGGCCUUAAAUCAUUACAACUACUUGCAAAUUUAAUUUUAGGCAAGGGAACAAUCGUAGCAGUCUUCCAUAGGUCAGGAAACGAUUCUUCUUUCAAAGUUCAAUUAAAAACAUUAGUUAAUGGAGGAGCAAUCUCAAAACUGAACUGUUUAAUAAGCUUCACUGUUACAUCAUCCGGAUGCCAAGAUUUACCAAUUUUUAACUUGUCAAGUUCAGCACGAACUUGGCCAACAAAGAUCAUCAGAGGUUGAAAAGACGGUAAAUAUGCAGGUAGUCUUGUUGUGUCAAGGGCGGAGAGCUGAAAACAAACAUUGGCAAAAUGGGUGUUGAUAUCUUCCACUGUAUCUUGAGGCCCAGACCAAGUAUCCUGAAAGGUGCCUUAGGUUUAAGAUUACAAAGUUGCUGGAUUCUAUGAUGCCAUCUCAACGCAUUAUUGAGUUUCAGAUUGGCAAUGGAAUUAUUAUAAAAAGAAGCUUUAGCUUGUUUGAUUGCUCUCUGGGCUGCAUUGCGAAAGUUUCUCCAAUUCCCGCUUUUUCCGUAAUUGGUAUAUAUCUCGUCUCUUCUCCAUUAAAUUUUUAACACAGUAAGUUAACCACGGUGGAUCAGAAACUCUCCUGCGCUUAAUCAAAACCGGGAAUGCUCUCGAAAAUUCAACCGUCAAAAUCCUGUGAAAUACCUCACCUUUAUCCGAACAAGAAUCAUCAUUAUAAACUUGGAGCCAGUCAUAAUCAGUGAUCCAUUCACCGAAAUAUCUAACAGAAGAUUCUCUAAAAGGUAUCGUGGUACUAUAAUUUAUAGUAGUGAGUUUUUUCGAGGUAUUGAGAUGCAAGGUUCCAACAAAAGAGAAUCGUGUUCGCUUUGACCCAAAGUAGGCAAACGCUUAGGAUCACGACAGUUCAAAAACACCUUGUCCAAUAUGGCAUCUCCACGCGUCGGACAGUUAACAACCUGGGUCAUAUCAAGACCUGUGACGAUAUCUUCAGUUUGUAAAUCAUUGAAAUCACCAAGCAUUAAAAUAGGAGCAGUGUGAUUAGCAGUAACAAUUAAAUCAAUAGUUACCAUAAUGUGAGAUCGUAGCUACCAGAAGACGAAGGAGGGUAAUAAAUAGCACCAACGUAGAUUUCUCUGUUUGCAGGUGUGAGGCAUUGUAAUCUUUGUCCACAAAAAUUCGAAACAACACCUUUUAUGCUCAACAGACUCUUGCAUUGUGAACUGCUGAUAUGAGGCACGUUGUGGCGAAAAGGCUAAGUUGUCGCACAAGCCGUUAUUGAGUAAAUGGCCUAUAAAGCCUCGGAGGUCAAAAAAUGGCCUAAAACUCGAUUUUUUUUUUUUUACUAUAAAUCGAUAAAUACAUGUCUAAUAAAUCAUGUCCAAAAGUCUCAGUUCUUGAAAUGGUCAACAAACCUGUUAUUUUAUGUCUUUUCUGAACAUGAUUCGAUCAAGGAAUGUUGAAAAACUACUCCAAAACCACCGUCAAAAUUCAAUAAAACGUCCAUUUUAUAUCGCCUCUUGCGUGGUCAAAAUCACAUAAACACCCCAUGUGUUUGGUACCGAUGGCUUCCUUAGAAUGUGACCUUUGUCAGCAGUUCAACAGUUCAGAGAUAGGAGUGAAUUCCAACCAAUUACAGAGGGUUUUGUAGGCCUAUAUGGUUGCUAUACAUGUGUAAACAAUCGCAUCUUUCACGUUAGCUGAUUGGUGGAUGCAAAACCGAGCUCAUUCAAGCCUUACUGCGCAUGCUCAAUAGCCCAUUCUAGGCUUACAGAGCACGCGCAGUUAGCGUGUUUUCAAUCGAAGUAAUCGAAGCGUGCAACGAGUGUUCUGGUUCUUUUAAAGAAAAUCAUUGCAGUUUGUUGUUUAAAACUUAAGAGAAUCGUAUUUAGAAUAUUAGCGAAAGUAGCAGUAGUUCGAUAGUUAUUCCUAGGCCUAGCCUGAAUUUAGACAGGUAAAGAUGGCCAAGCAGAACAACGAUGAUCAAAUUGAGGAGGCGAUUUUAGCUGCAGUAAACAAUGCUAAGGAUUCCGGUUUAAAUGAUGAAGACGUAAACAUCGUCAAUGAUUAUUUUACAUCGUUUUUUGGAGACAAAGAGGACGAUGUGGAUGAUGAUGAUGAGGAGGAGGAGGAAGAAGAAAGUGACGAGUAUGAUGAAAAUGGAAAUGAAGAAAACGACGAAAACAUAGAUCCUAACGUCGGCCAACCAACGUCUGACAUUUUGACAGCCGAUGAUGUGCCUCUGAUGGUGCUGAAGGAAUUUAAUCAUGAUGAUUGGGACAAUCCUCAAACUGAAGCUGAGUGUCAUAAGAUUCGUGCAUUCAAUGGAUGUAAGUGUAAGAAUGGCCAGCCAUGCACCCAACUCUUUGAUGUUGUUUUCAUUCUCCAGCGAAGAAUGGAGAUGUGUGAACUUUCCAGUGCUGAAAGGAAAUUGUUCAUCAUGGGACACAUCAGCACAAGCAUAAAUCGAGGAACAAUGACACAAUGUACUAAAAGGAGAAGGCAAUCCCUUCGAAAACAAACAAGUUGCACGUACUGGAUUGAGGGGAACAGAGUGUGUCGAACAUCAUUUGAGUUCAUUCACUGUAUUUCUUCAAAUCAGAUGAGUGGCAUCCUGAAACACUAUAAGGCAAAUGGAGCUACUGCCCCAGUAAAGAAUUCAGGUGGACGAAAGUAUGGAAAGAAUGGUAUUUCAUUUGGUGACACCAAGCAUGUAGCGACGUUCAUCACAAAUUUUGGUGAAAGACAUGGAAUGAUGCUGCCAGGCAAGACAAUGGGUGUGAGAGGCACUGAUGCAAAAAUUCGGUUGUUGCCAACAUCGGUGUCUAAAGCUUCACUAUUUCGAAAAUACACUGCACAAAUGGAUGAAGUAAACAGAAGAAGACAUGUUGCAGGUCAUGGGCCUUUGAGAGUUGCAAAACGAACAACUUUUGAGAAGAUAUGGAAGGACCACUGCCCUUUCAUAAAGGUAACGAAACCAAAGACGGAUCUAUGUUGGCAGUGCCAGCGAAAUAAUUCUGCAGUCUACCCCAGUGCGAACAGCUCUCUUGCACAAAAGACGGAGAGUUUGGCUAGACAACUUUCGCAACUUUUAUCGGAAGAACGCGGUAGACGCAAAAGAAACUCUUAA